AUGCCUGUUUUCACCCCGGCGUGCGUCAUGCCCUUGAAGGAACGGGAGCGGGAUCGCCCACACAGAAGCGAGAGAGAAAGAGACAGAGAACGACGACCUCGAUAUCGCUCACCUCCUUCAUUAUUUGAAGGAGAUGCUGGUGAAAAGGAAGGGUCUAGACAUUCUAACAUUCGAUAUGAGAGACAGUCGCCGCGGUUAUUCCACAAAACAAGGCCAAGCGACCCCACAUCUAGAGAUAGGGAACGAAGAAGGGCUGUCGCUGGUGGUGACUCGAGAGUCAGCGCACCGAAUCCAUCCAUGCCCUCCGCCGAGUCGAACUCCCUCCCCUCCUCUGCUUCCUACCUGGAGUCAAGGUCCAGUUUACCGUAUCCAUCUUUCUCCAAAGCACAUAGCAAGGAAGUAGUGGGAAGUCGGGAAAAUUUGGACCAACAAAAAGUGGAUAUCUUGACACCAGAACCCACGGAUAUAACUGUAGGAGAUGAAGAAAAUGGCACGGUAAAGGCUGAUGGCAGUAGUCCUACGGGACAAGAGGCCGCAUCGAAACGGCAUAGCACCAACCGUUCCCCACCAAGCCCCCCGUUAACAAACCUUGAUCAACAUUCUACAAGGAGGAAUAGUACAACAAGCGAGAGUAAGAAACCGGAAGAGAAACGGAAUACCAUGAAGGGCCAAGAUGAAAAGAAGAAGCAUAAACCCAAAACUACCGUGAAAGAAUCGGCGUCUAGUAUGCGCCGCAAGUCAGAUGAGGGUUCGAAGACGAGCAGCAGAGGACCAGGCCCAAGCACACCAGGCAUGAAAUUAUUUGAAUCCCUCCACUAUCCACAUAAGUCCCAAACCAAUACCUCUCCGACCAAAUCAAAGCCAUCAGGAAGGAGUGACUCAGUCAAGCAGUCAUCCCGUCGAAAGACAACGUCUUCAUCGCCAGAUCAUUCAUCAGUAACUCAGGUUGAAAUCCAAGUUUCAUCUUCCGCAGUCGACUCAGAUGCAACAUCCAUCGCACCCAACCAGCCAAAGGUUUAUCAGCGCCCUUCAAUUACGAGAAGAACUCCACCUGAUCCUCGCAGAACACCUCCUCCGAGAGGAUUUUCGCCGUGGAAACAAAGUCUGCCUUCAGAGGCUCAAUCUCGGGGGACUGGAUUGCCUCCACCUCCGCCCCCACCUCCCUAUGUACCAAUUACGAUUCCCAAAGUAGACUAUCUGCUCUAUAAUGGCGGGCUUAAAUACCAUGUUCCCAGGAGUUUCUUUGGAGCAGGCGAAUCUGCGAACAUGCCUCAGAAUAUAUUCCAGCCAUCGAUAGCUGCGACAAAACUUUUUGAGCCGUUCAAUAAGUUACUAGACGAUUAUCGCCAAGUGAUAUCAAAACGCGGAUCCCUAGCCGUGGCCACUGGGUAUCGAUCAGUUGCGAGGAGGCUUUUAGACAGGUUAGAAGCUGUCUUUGCGCGGGACAUUUCAUCAGAAUCAUGCCAGUGUGCAAUGUGUUAUACCAGCGAAGCUUCAGAAGAGGGAGUGAGUUGGGGGGAGGUUUUGGAACUUGUUUCUGGUCGACAGGAUCUGCCAUCGUGGCCUCCAUUUAACAUUGCUGCCAAACCAGGUACGGCAGACCUCCCAGGUUCUGAUGGUCUGGAACCCAUGCAGAAAAUGGACGUGGACAUACCCGAGGAGUUUAGAGAACAUUACGUUCGACAAUCUCGAAAAACGAAGCAGGCUGUGAAUAAAUGGCUUACUUGCAGCAACGACCAAACCGAUAGUCCUCCUGAUGAAAUUGAUGACGAGACCCUGAUGUUCGCCAUGUUAACCUACCUUGACGGAGAACAGAGAGAAACUUUUAGUGCGUUAUUAGAGAUUCCAAAUGGUCCUCCAGAACCAAAACGAGAAACCCCCAAACCAAGAGAUCGACCACAGGCUAUAAUUCAGUCCGGUGCUGCCAUCCAACGUUUAUACAGACUAGCAAAACCCCCACGAGACCCAGAAACAGCCAUCUACUUAUUAAACAACCCUGAAGUGCACCACGUCCUCGCUACACUAGCAGCAAUUAGCAACGAUGAAUGGGAUAUCCUCACUUCUGGCCGCUUCGACGGCUUCCUUCGCAGCGGUGCCGACGAUGACCUCCCCCAAACCUACUCUGCCCCUCCCAUGCGGGCUUCGCGACCCGGCUCCGCAAGGCCCAUAUCCCAAAUGUCCCACACCAGACUUCGAAACGUAAGCCAGCCAAUUGGCGGUUCGUCCAUCCCUUCCCGCACCUCUACGCCGACCCACGCGACUGUUGGCGCCCCCAUUUUCGUCGACGAGGACACAGAAAUUGCUGCCCUCGCUGAAAUUGAACGGGAUAUAUAUCUCGGCAUGGAAGCGCUUGAAGAUGCCUUUGAGAUCCUACAUGUCAAGGCGGAAGCGGUCCGCAGUGCUUUGCGCGAGCGUGGCGCGGGUCUGCAGGUUGCCAAUCUUGCACGUCGCGGGAGUUGGGGAGCCGUUGAGGUGCUCUCCGGUACGCCUGCGCUUGGCAUGUCGGCUUACGGGCUAAAUAGUAAUGGGUGGGAGAGCUCAACGGAUGAUGGGAUCGAUGAUAGCAUUUCUGAGAUUUUGCCGUCGGAUUCGGCGAGCAAUAUCAGUUCGAGUCGGAGGCGGAGGCCUAAGAGGCGGAAUGAGAGGAGAACACCUGUUGUUGUUGAGGAGGCGGAGGAGGAAGAUGACGGUAACAUGAUUACAAGUGAUCACCGCACAGGGAAGAGGCAUUAA